CACGCAUUCGUGAGGAACUGAAAAAUGGCGAAAGUCGCUGUGUGGAAAGCUUUCGUUAGUUUCCUUUUACUUUUCGCUAGGAUUUCUUUUAGCAAAGGAGAUUAUUCCAUGAAUGGAACGGUUUAUUACACAGAUGGGAAGUACCACAUAGAGUUUGGAGUACUUGACAAAGAAAAUGGUGUAGCCUAUGGAACCUAUGAUGAUGCUUUGAUUACUACAGGAUGGGGUGAACUUAACAUUGCUUCAGGUUCAACAGGAAGUUACAGUGAUCAGACUAUCAUGUUUGCGGCAGGGUAUCUUGAGGGAGCUUUGACUGCAGGGAGGAUAAAUGAAAAUUAUGAGAACAAUUAUUACAUUGCCUUCGGCCAAAAAUCAGAACAGUUUGUGAAAAAGGUUGAAGAAUGGUUUGAUGCCCAGGAAGAAUGGAUGAGAAACAAAAUAAAAAGUGAAUCAAAGAACAGCUCACUUUGGAGACAAAUGGGAAACAUUGUGUCUCAAUAUGAUGGGCUUAUAGCUGGUUAUACAGAGAACCCACCCAAGGAGAAGGAAGUGCUGGGCAAGUUUGCUUUCCAACUUCUUAAUGGUAUUGGUGAUUACUUGACUCUGGGUGAUGUGAUCAGUCCUGAUGGACCACCCGACUGGAGUAGUAUGACAGAAGAGCAGAUUACAGCCAAGUUAGGAAGAAUGGGCCAUUGUUCUGCACUUAUAAAAGUUCUUCCAGGUUAUGAAGAUAUCUUCGCAGGACAUUCAAGCUGGUUCUCAUAUGGUGCAACAAUGAGGAUCUACAAACAUUACUACUUCAAUCUGAGAGAUCCAAGCACAAGUGCAAAACGGAUGUCUUUUUCAAGCUAUCCUGGCUACCUUAUAUCACUGGAUGAUUUUUACAUCAUGGACAGUGGCUUAGUUAUGGUCCAGACAACAAACAAUGUUUUCAACACUUCACUGUAUAAGUACGUGUCAACAGAAUCCCUUCUAGCCUGGCAUAGAGUACGCCUUGCUAACUUGAUGGCUCACAAUGGUGAGGAAUGGGCAGAGGUUUAUGAACAGUAUAACUCAGGUACUUACAACAACCAGUACAUGAUCCUGGAUCUGAAACGAGUUGAGUUAAAGAAAAGUUUGCUAAGCGGAGCUCUGUGGGUUGUGGAACAGAUUCCAGGGUUGGUGGUCAGCGGAGAUCAAACUGAGAUCCUCAGAGCAGGUUAUUGGCCAUCUUACAAUGUGCCCUUUUAUGAAGAGAUCUAUAAUCUGAGUGGUUACCCUGAAUUUGUGAAGAAACACGGCCCGUCUCGAUCAUACCAGCUGGCUCCAAGGGCUGAGAUAUUCCGUCGUGACCAAGGACUGGUUAAGAAUUUGACAUCGAUGAAACACAUCCUACGUUACAACGAUUAUCCUACAGACCCGUACUCAGACAAUAAUCCCUACAACUCCAUUUGCUCCCGAGGGGAUCUGCUUAUUCCAUCAGACAGAAGCCCAAAUGGUUGCUAUGAUACCAAGGUGACAGAUUAUGAGAUGGCAAAGUCGUUAAUGUCGGAAGCUAUCAAUGGUCCAACUCACCAGGGCUUACCUGUCUUUUGUUGGAGUCAUUUCUCUUUUCCAAACAAGCAUGUUGGUUUGCCUGAUUGCUAUGACUUUGACUUCGUGACCAUGAAGCCGAAAUUUUAAUAGUCAGUAGUUUCCUGGGUCGCCUAAGAGCUAAUGAUGACGAGUAGCAAUUUUUGAAUACUUACUACUAAUCGGACCUGAUUUGUCAGACUCGUCCCUUCCAAGAAUUACUUUCGUUAUAAAUCAGAACUUGCCGCCGUGAAUAUUUAAAUCCUGAACUUCAGUCAAUUUCUAAACUUCAGUUCAUUUCUGAAUUUCAUCCACCUUUUCAAUGGAAUUUUAGUCUGUUCCAGGCGUGCAGUGAAACGUAGCGAAAUAAACGAACGGCAUGAUAGCAGCAGUGGAGCAAAAGAAGGGAGCGGGCUUGGGUUGGGGCGCGUGAUGAACUUACGCGACUCUAUCCAAGCCUCCCUCGUUUUUACGCUCAGCCGCUUCUCUCACACCGCUAUUGUAACACCAUUUACCACGAACUGACUGUACGCCUGGAACGGGCUAGUGGAAUUUUGAUAGUCUGACCGUUCUCAGUGGCUAGUGGAAGGCGCCUCCAUGAUCAGACUUGGAAGAUGAUUUGUUCAGCACAAAUGAUAGGUCUCUUAAACAACUUUGAAAUUAGAUAACGCAAUAUUUAUUUAGAUAGACGCGAUUGCUUGCUUCACUUUUUGAGCGCAAAAAUUUUCUUAAGGCAAACAAGAAGCCGUCAAAAUUGUUUUAGAACAUGCAAUUUUUUUAAUUUGGUAUAAUAAUAUAAUAUAAUAGUAUAAUAUUUCUUACUAUAAAUCGCACAAAUCGUUAAAAAAAAAAUCCCCGUCACCCUCCAGUUUAGCUAUUAAAAUCGUGUGCU